AUGAAUGAAUGUGCUAAGAUUCCUGCGGUCUGUGGUCCAAACUCAAUCUGCAGCAACACUGAUGGAAGUUACAAUUGCUUGUGUAAGAGUGGAUAUCAAGUAACAGACCCGAACCUCCCUAUAAACAGCAGUAACCCAUGCAUAGAUGUGAAUGAAUGUGCUAAGAUUCCUGCGGUCUGUGGUCCAAACUCAAUCUGCAACAACACUGCUGGGAGUUACAAUUGCUUGUGUAAGAGUGGAUAUCAAGUAACAGACCCGAACCUCCCUAUAAACAUCAGUAACCCAUGCAUAGAUGUGAAUGAAUGUGUUGAGAUUCCUGAGAUCUGUGGUCCAAAAGCAAUCUGCAAAAACACUGUUGGGAGUUACAAUUGCUCGUGUGUAAGUGGAUAUAAAGUAACAGACCCGAACCUCUCAAUAAACAGCAGUAACCAAUGCACAGAUGUGGAUGAAUGUAUUGAGAUUCCUGAGAUCUGUGGUCCAAAAGCAAUCUGCAAAAACACUGUUGGGAGUUACAAUUGCUCGUGUGUGAGUGGAUAUAAAGCAAUAGACCCGAAACUCCCAAUAAACAGCAGUAACCAAUGCACAGAUAUGGAUGAAUGUGUUGUGAUUCCUGAGGUCUGUGGUCCAAAAGCAAUCUGCAACAACACUGUUGGGAGUUACAAUUGCUCGUGUGUAAGUGGAUAUAAAGCAACAGACCCGAAACUCCCAAUAAACAGCAGUAACCAAUGCACAGAUAUGGAUGAAUGUGUUGUGACUUCUGAGAUCUGUGGUCCAAAAGCAAUCUGCAAAAACACUGAUGGGAGUUACAAUUGCUCGUGUGUGAGUGGAUAUAAAGCAACAGACCCGAAACUCCCAAUAAACAGCAGUAACCAAUGCACAGUAGAACCAUCAAAACCUACACUAAAGCCUCCAGCAAGAACAACACAAGCACCAAAACUAACAGUUAUUAAAAUGUCUAUGAGGAUAAAUAUAAUUUUUGAAACCAGUCUCACCAACAAAACUGAUCUGAAGUACAUUUCCUAUGUAGAUAAAAUUACAUCCGCGAUUGAAAAUAGUUACAAGAAUCUGCCUAACUACAUUAAAGGUUCAGUAACAGUCAUUGGCUUCAGGUCUGGUAGCAUUAUAGCAGACUACACGAUUACUGCAAACAGCACCAAUCUGGAUCUUACAGCUGCAAACAAAGAGGUUAAUAACACUCUAGCAGCUCAAGGAAUCCCUUUAACUCAGGAUGCUUUUGCUGAAAGUGUGGAAAAAAAUCUGACAACCAAGGAUAAAUUUUAUCCUCAGCAAGAUGUGGAACUGAGGUGUACCCGUCCUGAUUCUGUUGCGGGAACAAUGAAAUGGAGUGUGAAUGACAAAGAUCCUGCAGAAAACAGUGCAAAAUACACCAUUACAAAUGAUGACAUCAGUAGCACUCUUAUUGUAAAAGCUGCAAGUGAAAGUGACACUGGUAGAUACUCGUGUAUCAUACAAAGGUCCCCAUUACCUUACAUUCAGUGGCAAACAGUAUCUAUUGAACCACUUCCUAAUAUUAUAGUGAAUACAAUUAAUAUAAAGUUUCUGUGUGAAGACCGGACUGUCCCGCUGAAAUGCUGUGCAGAUGGUUACACGGUUGAGUGGUCUGGGAUUCCUGCUAAUGCCGUGACAAAUCCAGAGAACAGCUCUGAAUCCUCACCUAUAAUGCCUGACAAGAGUGUAGAGACCAUUCCUUCAUGCAGAAUCUCUCCAGAUCCUUCAGAUUCUAGCUCCAUGUUGGUGCUUCUUCUCUUAAAGUGUUCUCCAAACUCCAAACUUCAAAAAGGCAUUAUAGGUGAAGACUCAGAGCUGUUCUCUUGGGUUUUGUUAGUGGAGCAGAUUCCAGUCUUUAUGACAAACCUCAGUAACACUGCAGUACAGAAUAAUACUGUAAUAACACAAUCUGCUGACACUGUCCAAAGCAUUGUUGGCAUACUUCACACAGUUGCUGGUAUCUCACAAACUAUUAACAUUAGUGAACAUGUGAUGAAGGAUUUUCUUAAAACAGUGGACAUCAUUGUAUCAGAUGCAUCUAAAAACACAUGGACAGAAUUAAACAAUGGCAACAAAACAGAAAACAAAAGCACUGAACUUCUUCAAGCUAUUGAGACUAUAAGUGAUCGUCUCUCUGAUGACGAUUAUAUGAUUAAGGAAACCUCCAUUCAGUUACAUAGAAAAACAAUUACAAACUCAUUCACUGAAACAUCUUCACUGCCAAACUCAAAUACUCAGAUUGUGAUACCAAGUGUUCUUAAACCGACCCUCAUAACCAUUAUUAUCUUCACAAAACUUGACAAUGUUUUACCAACUCGAAAUACUUCUAAUAAUGACAACAAGACAUCAGAAAACAUCAUCAAUGGAGACGUGGUUGUUGUUAGGGUUAAUAAAGCAAUUAACAACAUUUCAUUUGCUUUCGAUACUACAAAUACAUCAUUGAAAAAUCCUCAGUGUGUCUUUUGGAACUUUUCUUUGGACCAUUGGGAUACCACCGGAUGUAAAGUCAAGCCAUCAGGGAAUAACACGGUUACAUGUGAAUGCGACCACACAACCUCUUUUUCAAUCCUGAUGUCACCGUUUGCAAUUGAUAACCCUGCCUUAGCCUAUAUAACAUACAUUGGUGUAGCUAUUUCAAUGGCCAGCUUGAUUCUGUGCCUCAUUAUUGAGGCGAUCGUAUGGAAGUCAGCAACAAGAAAUGACACGUCGUACAUGCGUCACGUCUCAAUAGUCAACAUUGCUGUGUCACUGCUGAUCGCAAACAUCUGUUUUAUCAUCGGAGCUGCAAUUGCAGACCAAGAGCAGCCGAUCUCAGUGGGUCGCUGCAGUCCAGUGGUUUUCUUCAUGCACUUUUUUUACCUGGCUGUUUUCUUCUGGAUGUUCAUUUCAGCACUUUUGCUUCUUUACCGCACCGUCAUGGUCUUUUCUCAAAUGUCAAAGACUAAUAUGAUGGUCAUUGCCUUCAUGGUUGGUUAUUGUGCACCUUUGCUCAUAGCGGUUAUUACUGUCGCAUCCACAGCUGGACCUAAAAACUAUGUCUCAAAAGAAAAUGCAUGUUGGCUGAACUGGUAUGAAUCUAAAGCCCUGCUGGCAUUUGUGAUUCCAGCUCUGACUCUCAUCGCCUUUAACCUCGUGGUUUUGAUUGUGGUUGUGUGUAAGAUGAUAAGGAGAGGAAUUGGUGCUCAAUUAGACGAUAGACACACUCUUGUGGUCAUUGCUCGAUGUGUGGCCAUUCUGACUCCUAUCUUUGGUCUAACAUGGGGAUUUGGCAUUGGAACCAUGGUGUCACGUCUCUUUGGCAUUCAUGUGGUGUUUGCAAUUCUAAAUUCACUGCAGGGAUUCUUUAUUUUGGUGUUUGGAGUGCUUCUGGACAGCAAGAUCCGCGAGAUAUUGGCAGGAAAGUUGUCACUGAGGAAUCUUACCAGCUCUGACCGUACCAGGAGCACUACUGCAGGACAAUCUUCAAGUGUACUGGAUUUUUUCAGAAGGAGAAGAAAUGUGUACAACGUAUCUGAAGCAAAUGCUUUCUCUGGAGUUUCAUCUUCAAACAACUCCAGUGAGGCAUAUUCUUCAUUGAGUCCAUAACUACUUCAUGAUCUAAUGCCAGAAGACCUUUACAAAACCUGUUUCCUUUCUGUGUAUGUUACCUGCUUUCUAUCUUUAAUGAUAAAUACAAAAAAAGGGGUGUGAUCUGCUAUUUGGUAUUUCAUUAAUCAAAACACAAACAAAGCUGUGCAACUACUGUAGACCCAUAUUAUUGAUACUGUAUCAUCUUUCUGUUAUAAGUGAAAGUCAAAUCAUGCCAAUAAUUAUGGUAUUAUUAUUAAAUACAAUUUAAAUUCACAUUUUUAACAAGAUAUAUCUCAGUCUUAUCUACACUGUCUUGUCUUCAAACAAUUGCCCAAAAUAAAAAUGUA